AAUAGCUAAUUGAUAAUCCCUAUAUGUGCAUUGUAUUAAGGGAAGUUUUAUAUAAUACAAUGAUGAUUAGUGACAAAAUGAAGGUAGCUACAGAAUUCUGCAAUUUGUUGUUCACCACCACCUCUGUCAUUUUACUUUUCUCAGGCCUUGGUGUUGAUUCUAUGGCAUAUGAUUAUUUUUCUACUACAGAGUGUAUGAGAGAACCUCAGAGGGCACAAUAUGGAGGGGGCAUUAUAGUAAAUCCAGGAUUUGAUCACAACAUAGAGAGUUGGACAGUGUUUGGAAAUGGAACAAUAGAGGAACGUAUAUCAAAUGAUGGAAAUAGAUUCAUUGUUGCUAGAAACAGAACACAAUCAUUGGAUAGUUUUUCUCAAAAGAUCCAACUCAAGAAAGGAUUGAUAUACGUAUUUUCUGGUUGGUUUCAGCUGAGUGAAGGAAGUGACACAGUUUCUGUUGUAUUUAAAUUAAAUGGAAGUGAAAUGGUAAAGGGUGGCCAUGUGAUUGCAAAGAAUGGAUGUUGGUCUUUUCUAAAAGGUGGCGUAGUCGCAAAUUUCUCAAGUUCUGCUCAGAUUCAUUUCGAGAGCAAUAAUCCAAAUGUGGAAAUAUGGGGUGAUAGUGUGUCCUUGCAACCAUUUACCAAAAAGCAAUGGAGAUCACACCAAGACAACAGCAUUGAAAGGGUACGUAAGAGCAGGGUGAGAUUCCAUGUAACUAAUGUAAACAAAACAUCGUUGGAAGGAGCAAAAAUUGUGAUAAAACCAACAAAACCAAAUUUUCCAUUUGGAUGUGGAAUGAACCAUAAUAUCCUGAACAACACUGAGUACCAAAAAUGGUUUGUGUCAAGAUUCAAAUACACAACAUUCACAAAUGAAAUGAAAUGGUAUAGUACAGAGAAAAUCCAAGGCAUUGAAAACUAUACUAUAGCAGAUGCCAUGGUGGAAUUUAACAGAAGAAAUGGAAUUUCUGUUAGAGGUCACACAAUUUUUUGGGAUGAUAUGAAAUUUAAUCCUGUAUGGGUUAAGACUUUAUCUCCCAGAGGAUUGCGAAAAGCCGCAGCGAAAAGAAUAAAUUCAAUUGUUUUAAGAUAUAAAGGAAAAGUGAUUGCUUGGGAUGUGAUGAAUGAAAAUGUUCAUUAUCGGUUUUUUGAAGACAAACUUGGUGAAAAUGCUUCUGCAAUAUACUAUUCAAAAGCUCAUGAGCUUGAUCCAACAGUACCAAUGUUCAUGAAUGAGUUUAACACUAUUGCAUAUAGUGGAGAGAAGAUUGCUAGUCCAGCAAAUUAUGUUAAGAAACUUAAGGAGAUUAUGGAAUUUCCAGGAAAUGAUAGAAUACCAUUUGCUAUUGGACUACAAGGUCAUUUUAGUCAAGGUCAGCCAAAUCUUGCAUACAUGAGGUCAAGUUUAGAUUUUCUUGGUGCUACUGGACUUCCUAUUUGGCUCACAGAGACUAGUAUGGAUCCUCAGCCACAACAGGCAGAGUACUUUGAAGAGGUACUAAGAGAAGCUUACUCUCAUCCAGCUGUAAAAGGGAUUAUAAUGUUUGCUGGUCCAGCACAAGCUGGUUUCUUAGGUACACUUCUAGCAGAUCAAAAUUUCACAAUCACUCCAACUGGUCAAGUUGUGGACAACUUGAUUCAUGAAUGGGGAACAGGGCCAACUCAUACACUUAUAUCAGAUACUACAGGAAUUGUAGAUAUUUCAUUAAAUCAUGGAGAUUAUGAUGUAACUGUUACACAUCCUGUAACACAAUACAUCCAAAAUUUGAAUCUAAGUGUAAACAAAGGACUUUCACAUCAAAAUAUUCAUGUCAAAGUCCAUGCCUAAUUAAAUUAAAAUCACCACAUUAUGUACUUGUGCUCAUGCAAGCAAUAGUAUAUAUUAGUAUUGGCUUGCACUCCUCAUUUCUCUAAAUCAAAUGUAAGGCAAAUAUUAUAGUAAUAAAAUUUGCGUGUACUUAUCCAUUUUUUUUUUUAAA